AUCAAUUCGAUCGCCGCAGUGAUUAUCAGUCUGCUUGCAACGUCAUGUGCGGCAAGUGGUGCACGUUGCUCCUCCACAUUUGCCUCGUGGCUGGCGAAUACUACACAGCUGGCGUUGUUGAAUUUCGACCCGACAUCGCGGGGGCAACUUCGGCACAACUGCUCGAGGACAAUUUGAGCGCAUAUCUGGAGCUGAUUAGCUUGGCCAAUGGCACCACGGACAUCAUUGUCUUCCCGGAGGCAACGCUCAACAGUUUGCUGCAGUUGACUGCGGUGCCACAGCCGAAUGCAACGCACAGUUUGUGCCACCAAACAACAGGUCAGGCAUCAGCAGCUGGCGAAUUUAUGCAACAACUUGCUUGCGCCGCUGUCCAAGCGAAUACCUAUCUGCUCUUCAAUGUGAAGGAACGCGAGGAUUGCGACAAUCGAUCCGAUCUCGAUUGUCCCACCCGCGGUUAUCGAGUCUACAACACGAAUGUGGCUAUCGAUCGCAGUGGUGCGAUCGUGUCGCGUUAUCGCAAAUGGAAUCUAUACCUUGAACCGCAACUCAAUCGGACGGCGACGCCAGAGUUUAGCAUCUUCGAGACGGACUUCAAUGUGACCUUUGGGCAUUUUGUCUGCUUCGAUAUGUUGUUCUACACGCCAGCUCAGGAACUUGUCGAACGCUUCAACAUACGGAACGUGAUUGUCACCAAAAUGUUCAACUCCGAGCUGCCCUUCCUAACGGCCAGCCAACUGCAACAGGGCUGGGCGUGGGCGAACAACGUGAAUCUGCUGGCAGCCGGGGCGAGCUUGCCACACGGUGGCAUCAGCGGCAGUGGCAUCUAUGCGGGCCGUGGUGGCGCAUUGGCGCGUCGCAUGGUCGGCAAUGCGACCGAGGGCGUGCGUCAGCUGCUGCUGGCACGUGUGCCACACUCGCCCGACGACUCGCUCGACGACGUCACGUUUGAUGAGGAGCGCACGGGGCCCGAGCAGCUGCAGUUGCUGAUGUUGCAGCAGCCGCAGUUGGAUGAGUUCAACAGCUGGCAGGUGCAGCUCGGAGAUGAGCAGCAGCAGCAGCAGCGACGUUUGUGCCACACGGAUCUGUGCUGUGACUUUGAGUGGAGCUUGGAAUCGGAGGCGCCACAAACUACACACGACUACGUGUAUCGAGUGGGCGUGUUUGUGGGUCGGCGACGCUACGAGGAGGCACAGUACAGUGUUGUGCGUUUGUGCGGCUUGUUUGCGUGCCGCAACGCCAGCGUCGAGAGCUGUGGUCAGCUUAGGGAAGCGACGGCAGCGGAGAACGGAGAGUUGCAACUGCCGCGCUUCAAUACGCUGCGUGUGAGCGGCGAGUUUGUGGAACGUUCGCGACGCCAACUGAUGCCCAGCACGCUGAGCGUGUCGCUCUAUGCGCUGCAAGCCACAGAGCUGCUCUGGUCUGUGGCAGAUGCCACCCGGGUGCAGUUGCAGCUGCACAAGCCGCACUCACACUUGCUGACCUUUGGAAUCUAUGGCAACUAUUUCGAAGACGAGGAGGACGAAGAGGAGGAGGAAGAGGAAGAGGAGGAGGAAGAGGAAGAGGAGAAGGAAGUGCCGUCGCAUAAUUGUGGCACCGCACUUGCCACAUCUGCCACAGUCGUCAUGGCCGGCUUGCUGCUGCUGUCUCUGCUACUGCAGCAACAGUAGCUCGCUCUUCUCUUAUCAGCCAAACACUUUGCUGAUUAACUCAAAUCGCAGCGGCAGCUGUUGCUGUUUCUGUUGGUGCAGGCGACAAAAACGUGUCAAAGCAUUUAACAAAAUCAAAUCUAACUGUCUGGCAACGCCAGCCUAUUUUGCUGCAACCAACUUAACAGUGCAUUGAACAAAAGCUUUACUUACUAUACAACUAAGCAACAACAAUAAUAAAUUCAAUAAAAUGUGGCAAUGAGAUAUUUCACAACUCUACGAGUUUUCGUUUACCUGAACAACACUGGCAACACUGUACAUAUAUCAACUGCAGCCAACUUAACAAUGCGUUGAAACAAAGCUCUUACUAUACAACAACUAUGCAACAACAAAGACAAAUUCAAUAAAAUGUGACAAUGAAAAACUUCUCAAAUUGGCAACUUUACAAAAUGUUCGCUCAUAUGAACAAGUCUGGCAACACAGCACAUAUUUCAACUGCAGCCAACUUAACAAGCCA